AUUAAUGCAUUUGCUCAGCACACAGUGGCAAACAUUACUGGAUGUUGAUUUAAACCAGAAGCCUGAAUAUGAAAACUCACUGUCUGUUAAUGUUAGGAAUAGACAGAUUGGCUACAGUGUCACUGGAUGGACAACAAUAAAGCAACUGAAGAGAGUGGGGAAUAAAAAGGAGUUUCAGUGCAGUCAGGAGCAAGUGGAGAAGAGAAGAGUGGAUAAGCGUGCGCUUGAUGUGCUGCAGUGUGACGUGGAUGGAUGUGGGAUUUCUCCCCUGAUCUAUGUGUUGAUGUGAUUGGUGCCCAGAGUUCACCGCUUCACAGGCUGCUGCUGCCCUGGAGCCAGAGCGCAGGAAUUCACUCUCACCGAGACUAGCACACAAGACAUUUACUUACACACGUUUCACACACCAGAUGCCACAUGGACAGAUACACACUCUGGCAGCAGCACUUCAAGUGAUAACCGCACUUGUGUUUAAAACAAAGUGUUGUGCUGACCUUUUUGACAGCUGCCACAUCCAUUCCAACCUUUUUUAACAUUUUCUUCAAGAUUUAAGAAAAGGGGUUUUUUUACACCUCAUUGUCCUCAGGGCAGGAAGACAAUUGUCUUUAGUUUUUGGAGUAACAGCAUUGGGAGAUUUUGGGACUAGUUGCUCUUUGUAGCAUCAGCAUCCUUACUGUGGUAAAGCUGUCUGCGGGGGCUUGCCGGCAGCAUGCAGGUGUCUUUUGUGUGCACGGACCACCGAGCCGUCAGCCGCAGCACAGAGGACCGACUGAACCGUCAGAACACCAACAGCCCCAGUUUGGGGACCAAAAGCAAGUUUCGCGCCGUGGCAAUGGUGGCCCGUAGCUUGGGCCAACUGUCUGUGCAGAACAUGCCUUCGUCUGGUGACCACUGCUUGAGAACUGGCAUGAAAUAUAGGAACCUUGGGAAAUCUGGCUUACGGGUAUCAUGUCUAGGGCUGGGCACAUGGGUGACGUUUGGUGGUCAAAUAACAGAAGAGAUAGCUGAGCAGCUGAUGACGCUGGCGUACGAGAACGGUAUCAAUCUGUUUGACACAGCCGAGGUGUAUGCGGCAGGGAAGGCUGAAACGGUUCUCGGGAGUAUCAUCAAGAAGAAAGGGUGGAGACGUUCCAGUUUGGUCAUCACCACCAAGAUAUACUGGGGUGGAAAAGCAGAAACAGAGAGGGGCUUGUCUAGGAAACACAUCAUAGAGGGUCUAAGGGCGUCACUGGAGAGACUUCAGUUAGAGUAUGUGGACGUGGUGUUUGCUAACAGACCUGACCCCAACACACCAAUGGAAGGAGAUCCAUUUAACACUUCAAAAUCAAGAACAUUCAUCAUAGAAGAGACGGUCCGAGCGAUGACCCACGUGAUUAACCAGGGAAUGGCCAUGUAUUGGGGCACGUCCCGCUGGAGCUCCAUGGAGAUCAUGGAGGCGUACUCCGUGGCACGGCAGUUUAACCUGAUCCCACCGGUCUGUGAACAGGCCGAAUAUCACAUGUUUCAGAGAGAGAAGGUGGAAGUACAGUUGCCUGAACUCUUCCAUAAGAUCGUAUGUCACAGUGGUGUAUGUGCAGGUGUGGGCGCCAUGACGUGGUCUCCGCUGGCCUGUGGGAUCAUCUCAGGAAAGUAUGACAGCGGUGUGCCUCCUUUUUCCAGAGCAUCUCUAAAGGGCUACCAGUGGUUGAAGGACAAGAUCCUGAGUGAGGAAGGCCGCCGUCAGCAGGCGAAGCUGAAAGAGUUGCAGGCCAUUGCGGAGCGGCUGGGCUGCACGCUGCCCCAGCUGGCCAUCGCUUGGUGUCUGAGGAAUGAGGGGGUGAGCUGUGUGCUGCUGGGGGCCUCCAGCACAGAACAGCUGAUGGAGAACAUAGGAGCCAUUCAGGUUCUUCCAAAAUUAUCAUCAUCAAUUAUACAUGAAGUGGACAGUAUUCUAGGCAACAAGCCAUACAGUAAAAAGGACUACCGGUCUUAAAAGGAAAGCCAGUGACAGUGCUUCUUUCUCUGAGCUUUGACUGGAAAAAACAUUGGCACAUGGGACCAGCACUGUCACAGGUCCUGCAGGAGAAGCCAACUCACACACUACAUGAAGUCUGCCGACAAUAGCCUGAGAGGAGGCCAAGAACCGCACGGGCAGAAGGAAAGCAUGCUCACAUACAAAUCAGCUUGGCCGGCUCAGUAAGCAGAACGCCACUCCAACCAACAAGAAACCACUGAAAUCAAGCGUAGCGACUCGCUUCCUCCUCCCCUUUGUCCCCUUGAAGUAAACACUUAGAAAAGCAGUAUUUGUACUUACUCUAGAAAUGCAUGAGAUCUGGCCAUGGCACAUGCUUUUUUUCCUACAUAUUGGAAAACAAAUACACUUGUUAGCUCACAGGAAGUAAUGAAGCAGUUUGGUGAAUGCAGAAAGUUACACGACUGAACAAACUAAAUAAUGCAUUUGAUGUUACUCAUCUCUAGUUUUAUAUAAAAAUUGUUAGCCAAUCUAGUGCUUGUUUACAAGACCUCAUUUAUACUGCAAGCUAUAUCAAUUCUGACUGUGUUUUAGCUCUAAACAUAGACAGAGGAAGCCAUUAGCGUUACAUAUACAGUAAUACUGUAUAAAGCUUUGGGUUGUGAGACUGUAAGACAUAUUAAAUAGAGAUCGAAUACAGGCCUCAACAAAUGUGCAAUAUCAGAAAGUGUUUGUAAACUCAUUGUUCUUUUUACUUUUAAAACCUUUUCUAAGAUGUAAAUGAGCUUAUACAGUGUAUAGAGACAGUAGUUGAGAGGUGGUCUGUGUGCUCAUUUGUCAUCGAUGCUUCGGGCUGAAAACCAAAGAAACUUCUGUGCUCGAGCUUCCCUUCUGUUACCUCCAAACCACGCAUACAAGCUUUGACCACGUGACCUACUGUUUCAAAUGUUAUUUGAAUGUUGUUUAUUUUAAGUAGUUUUCGAUGUAUGUGGAAAUCGCUGUUACUAUUGAUUUAAUUAUUUGUAUUUUUAUUUCAUCCAUUGGCGCCCUCUACUGGCUUACUACAUAUUAGCCUACUCAUUCGAAAAAGGCUUUACACUAACUAUUGCUUUUGAUCAAUAAUAAUUUACACUAACAUAUGCAAGGCAGUGCAAGUUAUUUUGCAUGUGUUUUCCAUGAAACGUAAUUCCAGAUGUGUCUUUUAGACAUUUUCAAACAAGUAAGACCGUUAUUUGGACAGUGUUAAUUUGCUGUCUGAGAAUUACUAGAUUAAUAUGCCUUAUUUAGUACUAAUGCAAAAUAUUCAGUGCUGGCAACCAUUUGUUUUGCAUGUUUCAUCUGAACCCUGUAUGUUUAUGCAUUAUGGCAUUUCAAAACCGUCAGUGGUGAAUGGAGAGCAUAAGCUGGUGUGGGUAAGCAGAGGCUUUAUGUGGUCAUUUAUGUUAUCAUAAUUAUUAACUUUAAAAUAAAUGCCUAAAUACAUUCACAACAUAUCAAGGCGGUUCAAAAUAUUCUGACACUCAUUCCAAUAUGAAUGGACGUUUUACUGAAUUUAUGCAUUAACAUCUUCAAGGAGUUGCUAUACAGUUGGCUGCAUGUACAUGAUGAUGAAUUUUAAUAAGGGCCUAUUAUUUUAGUGUAGAGCAGUGCUUAUGCUUGGCUGGGUAUAAAAGUGUUGGCCUGUAGUUGGAAUGUAAUGCAUCUUAUUAGGGUUUUGGUUGUCGUCUGAGCUACAUCAAUUCUUGGGAGAGGAAAUCCGUCCAAUAUACUGUUAAGCAAGAAAAAAAGCAGAGAGAUUAUUAUUUGUAAGGCUUUUUGAAGUAGCACUUAAACCAAAGACUACAGGAUUUGAUAGAAGUGGAAGGCGUUACUUCUCUAGCCUUUAGCUGAGGGUCAUUAUAAAUGUCCAUAUGUUGAGUCAGGCUGCAUCUAUCAUUUACAGUAGAUGUUAGUGGGUUGCUUUUGCUCAGGAAGUCAUAAUAUCUUGUAAGUUAUUAGAUGGUAAAAAUGAACCCGUUUUACCAGUUUAGCUAUGUGGAAGAUAAACAUCAUUGAAUGAGACAUUGUUAAUGUGGUUUUUCCACCCUGCAAGGACAGAGGUUGUUAUAGAAGGAGCCUAAGUUGAAUACUUUGAUGUAAAAUUAUUAAAAAUAAAAAAAAAUAGUCCAAGAGUAACUGUAUGUACAGGUAAUCUGAUGUUUUAAAGCUGAUUUGGUAAGACUACUGUUUUUUUUUUUGUUUGUUUUUUUUUUGUAUAACCUAUAAUUCUGACUUUCGUUAACUGUAUUAUGACCAUUACUGUUACAGAUAUGCAUUAAGUUAUGGUGAUUUCUGUAGAUACACAAUGGAAAGGUUUGAUAACAUGUAUAUAAUCUAAAUAUAUAUAUAUACACUAUACUAUACUGGUCUUAAUGACCAUUAUCACAUUUGCCUUCAUUUAUUUUUUCAUUGGCAAUUAUUGCUUAUAACAUUUGUGCUUGAAGAAAAAAUAUGUACAGUUUCAAACAACUGAAAAUAAACUAUUCUAAAAAACA